GCCCGCCGGACCCACCGGCGCGCGGUAUAGCGCCGCGGGCCGCGGCUCGCGGGGCCACCUCCUCUGGGCCGUACGCGCCUGGUGCCCGGGACAGCUGCGGUUCAACCCAUUUGUCCUCCGCCUAGCGUCAGGUGUGCAUUGCAGCUGUGUGUGUGUGUGUGUGUGUGCGCAGCCGGGCUGUUCCACGAGGAGGACUGGCAGGACGUGCUGGCCUUCCGCGCCGCCGUGGACCGGAUCAACAUGGACAAGCAGGUGCUACCGCACGCCCGCCUGGUGCCCGUCGUGGAGAUCCUGUCGCCGUUGGACAGCUUCAGCACGGGCAAGCGCUUGUGCAACAUCACCCGCCAGGGCGUGUCCGCCGUGUUCGGGCCCAAGAGCCCCGAGACCUCGGGGAUCGUGUCGUCCAUCUGCGAGACGCUCCAGAUCCCGCACUUCCUGACGCACUGGGACACGAACCCGCGCCCGGCCAAGUACCAGAUCAACAUCCACCCGGACCCCAAGAGCCUGUCGCACGCGCUCGUCGCGCUCCUGGAGGACAUGGCGUGGCGGACGUUCACCAUCAUCUACGAGAACGACGAGGGCUUGGUGCGUCUGCAGGAGGUGCUCAAGGUGCACGGUCCGCGGGACAACCCCAUCACGGUGCGCCAGCUCGGCGAGGGCAGCGACUACAGACCGCUGCUGAAAGAGAUCCACAACACGUCCGAGUCCCGGAUCAUCCUUGACGUGUCGCCGGAGAAGAUCAUCGACCUGUUCGUGCAAGCGAAGCAUGUCAACAUGAUGGGCGACUACACGAGCUACCUUGUCACCUCGCUGGACGCCCACACCUUCGACUACGGUGCGGUCAACAGCUGGAUCACGGACAAGCGCAACAUCGCCAACAUCACGGGCAUGCGCCUCGUGGACCCGACGUCCGUCGAGGUGCAGAAUGCGGUCCAGGACUGGGUGUUCAGCGAGCGCCUGCGCGGGAACACGAUCAACAUUAAGCCCGACGACGUCAAGACGUCGGCGGCGCUCAUGUAUGACGCUGUUCACGUGUUCGCCAGGUCGCUGCACCUGUUGAACCAAACAGCCCCGGAGGUCUACGAGCAGCCGCUGCGAUGCGACGGCGUGGACACGUGGGAGCACGGCGAGAGGAUCGUGUCCUUCAUCAAGGCGAAGUACGGCAGCGCGGACGUGACGGAGCGGGGCAUGACGGGCCUCAUCGCCCUCGACCCCGCCUCGCACUACCGCCGGACCAACUUCACGCUCACGCUCGUGGAGACCAACUCCAACAGCGCGACAGGCAUCUGGAACAUGACGGGCAUCCACCUGUUCCGGAGCGUGGAGGAGAUGGAGCGGUCCGAAAAGCAGAAGCUGUCCAAGAAGUUUAUGAGGGUGGUCUCGCGCAUCGGGCCACCCUACCUCAUGAAGCUAGAUAACUACACCGAGGGGAGCGGCAAUGCUGGUUUGGAGGGCUACUCAAUGGACCUAAUUGACGAGAUAUCGAAAAUUCUCAACUUCAAGUACGAGUUUCACCUGGUGAAGGACGGCAAAUACGGCAGCUUGAACCCCGUGACAAAGCAAUGGGACGGGAUCAUCAAGGAGCUACUCGACAGGAAAGCGGAUCUGGGAAUUUGUGACCUGACAAUAACUUAUGACCGGGAGAGAGCCGUGGACUUCACCAUGCCCUUCAUGAACUUGGGUAUCUCCAUCCUCUUCGCGAAGCCCAAGGAGCCCGACCCCAACCUGUUCUCCUUCCUGUCGCCUCUCUCGCUCGAGGUCUGGAUCUACAUGGCUACCGCCUACGUCGGCGUCUCUCUACUACUUUUCGUCCUCGCGCGGACGUCGCCCUACGAGUGGGACAACCCGCACCCGUGCAACCCGCACCCCGAGGAGCUGCAGAACACCUUCACCCUCAUCAACAGCAUGUGGUUCGCCAUGGGCUCGUUCCUGCAGCAGGGAUGCGAUUUCCUACCCAAGGCCGUGUCGACGCGCAUGGUCGCCGGCAUGUGGUGGUUCUUCACGCUCAUCAUGAUCUCCUCCUACACGGCCAACCUGGCCGCCUUCCUCACCGUCAACCGCAUGGACGACACCAUCACCUCGGCCAAGGACCUGGCGCAGCAGAACAAGAUCAAGUACGGCUGCGUGGACGGCGGCUCCACCCAGGCUUUCUUCAAGAACUCCAACUUUUCGGACUACCAGCGCAUGUGGGCCUCCAUGGAGUCCUCACGGCCCUCCGUGUUUCCCAAGACCAACACGGAGGGCGUGGAGCGCGUGCUGAAGUCCAAGCGAAGCUACGCCUACCUCAUGGAGUCGUCAUCCAUCGAGUACGUGGUGGAGCGCAACUGCAAGCUCAUGCAGAUCGGCAACCACCUCGACUCCAAAGGCUACGGCAUCGCCAUGCCCAUGCACUCGUGGUACCGCACGCUCAUCUCGGGCGCAGUGCUAAAGCUCCAAGAGACGGGGAGGCUAGCCGAGCUCAAGGAGAAGUGGUGGAAGAAGAAGCGCGGUGGAGGCCGCUGUCAGAAAGAGAGUGCUGCAACCGACGCUUCGGCCAACGAGCUCGGCCUAGACAACGUAGGCGGCGUGUUCGUGGUGCUCAUCUCCGGCUGCGCCUUCGCCUUUCUCGUGGCCGUCGUGGAGUUUGUGCUCAACACGCGCAAGGUGGCCAUCGAGCAUAAGAUCUCCCCCAAAGAGGCUCUGCUGCUGGAGCUGCGGUUCGCGCUCCGCUGUCGCGGCAGCACCAAGCCCGUGCGCGGGCGCGAGUCGACGCCCAGCUCCGACAACCAGUCUCUCGUGCAGCUCAACAGCUUCAAGCGGCUGGGUGGGUAGCAGCACGGGGGUGGCCCGCCCGAGGGCUGCCCCAAGCACGGCCGCCACGCCCUCCACGCACACGUCCAUGGUGCAGUCUACGACCCUGACGUCCCGAUCCCCGGAUGCCCUUAUGACGACGAAGUUGAAGGCCACCACUUUGAACCCGAAGCGGACAGUGCGCAUCACCUGCACUUUGCGUGAGGCGAACCGUGGUGCGCGCGCGACGACCGCUACGUCCUCCAAGACUGAACAUUGUAUUUACUCUUGCCGAUCUCACGGUGACCAAUGUGGCUGAACUUUUGCGCAACCUCUGCGAUGUGGGGAUACCAUGGUUUCCUUUUGAACUCAAGAAGCUCGUGAACACUUAUGUACUCCGUCUCUGUUGUCAAGGAGUGCUUUUGUGACUUUUCUCCCUUUGUUUCGUCGUUCGUUUUGUGGUGUGCAUCUUUUCUCUCACAUUUGGGUGGUUUCACAAAUGAGAUGCGUAUAUUGUGGUAUUCGGUUAAGUGACUUUUAUACACUUUCUCUUUCGAUUAAACUAUUCUAGUAAAGUUAAAACAAUGAAGAAUUCCGGGAAUGAGAAAACGGAAAUCACUAUGCUAUAACAUAGUGACUUUCGUUUUGUUGUUCCCAGCAUUACUGUUUCUUCUCAGCUUAAGAACUGCAGAUAUAGACAAUUACAAUGAUAUAAACCAGGCGAGUCUAUCUGACGAUGCAAACUGUGAAAAAUAUCGUCGGAAAAUUGACAAAAUUUUUGUAAACUCUAAUUAUAAUCUAAGUUGUAAACUUACGACAGCAGAUUUUUUACUCGCCAAGGGAUUUGAAGUCGAUACGUACUGCAUGUAUUUUUAUGAUGUCAAAUUGUAAUUUUACAACUUGCGUCAAAGAAAAUUUUCCUGUAAACCUACCUACUAUUUUUCACAGUGUAACCACUCGCCAAUCCGCAAUUCAAACUCAGUUAUGAGAAUUUUGACGUAAUCAGUACAGUUGCUAUCUUGUCUCUCUAGUCUAUGGCUUCGGGAUAGCAAAAAUAUGACAUAUAAAUGUGGUCUUUAUCUUAAACGAUCCAUUUACUGACCAAAGAAAAUAAGGAUAGACGGAAGCAAAGUAGGAUUAUCAGGCCAGCUGUCCUGUCACGUGCGCUUCUGGGUAGGUUUUACAGGUUUUUCCAUCACCAUUUCGUGGUACUCGCCAACUCGUUUAAUAACUCUCUCUAGUCUGCCAGGAUUUUCUAAUGUCAUAUCGAGUGUUGUUUGUCGGUAAGGUGAAAAUAAGGAAAAAUAGUGGUGCAGGACAAGUAUGCAUCUAGAUGUUUAAAUAAGCUUAUUUGUGAAAUCACCAAAAUCCUCUUAAAGCUCUCUUGUGAUAGUAACGUAUGUAUAGACUGUCUCGUUUUAAGGUGCACAUCGACUCACUGUCGAGAGUGGAGUAAAACUGUGAAACCAAAUAUAAUGUAAACGUUCUUUAUCCGUAGAAACGAUUGCAUUCGUACAAUUUUCGUUUUGUAUUUAUAAAAGGAGAUUUUUCAAUGAUAUAGUUCAGUGUUGAAUGAACCGACGCACACUAGAUUGUUAAAUAUCAACAUAAAAUGUAUGAUACGAAUAUACACUUUAGAUAUAGUGUACCUGCCCGCAAAUUCGAGAUAUGUACAUUUAUGUUAGGCUCUUGCAAUAAUUUAUGUCAACUAGGAAUAGGUAUUCUAAAAAAUUACAAGAAAAUUCUAUUUACCUA